AUGAGAAGCAGCGGUCUGGUGUUGUUCGCGUGUGCUGGCCUGCUGCUUAGUGGUGGUGCGAUCCUAGGCGGGUCAGUAGCAUGGAGUCUGCUGCGUAUGUCAUACUACUUCUGGACGACUGACCUGGGUGUGGAGCUGAGCUCCAGCAUCAUGUUCCUGGCGGGCGCGCUGCUGUGUCUGCCCACCUGCUGGCUCUCAACUGUAGUGCCCUACCACGUCAAGUCCUUGUCUUUGACUGCCACGUUGAUGGCGUUGGUGAGCGUGGCCAUGAUUAUGCUGUCCAUGGGGUUGUCGUCGAUCUCAGGGCUGUCGCGUGCGUUGCGGGAGCCGGCCAUGAUCAACAACAGCAUGCUGCGAGCUAUGUCCAUCGACGCCUUCGACCCCGCCGUCAGGAGCUCCUUUGCCGCCAUGCAGAUUGAGCUGAGAUGUUGCGGCGUGCAGUCGUUCUCCGACUGGUACCAGCACCGCCGCACGCUGCCACCUGCCUGCUGCGGACGAGUGUGGAACGGAAAGCGCGGCGAUACGUGCGAUGGGCCGCUGUACAGUAUUGGCUGCCUGCGGCCCGCGCUCGCCGAGCUCCGAUACUUCACGUACUCACUGUCUGCUCUAUCCUCCGCUAUCGUCGUUGUCAUGGCGGUAACCCUAUUCGCGGCCGCGUACACCAUGGUGACGGGCGUGGUGGAGCGCGGCGAGGUGUCGCGGUCGUACAAGCCCCCGCCGGCGCUGCGCAUCGCGUGCCUGGCGCACCCGCCGCACGGCCCGCUGCACGCGCCGCUCGGCCCGGCGCCGCUCGUGGCGCUCACCUCGCCCGCCGCCAUGCCGCACGACAACCCCAUCUAA